AUGAGCAAAUCAAGUGAAAGUAACGUUACAAUUCAAGUAUCUAAUAUUUUGAAGCCAACGUUGCAAGACAAUGAUUUUCUUCAAAGCUUCGUAAGAAUUGGAUUAGAUGAAGGUUUAGGAGAUACGAAAAAAAAAUUAGAUGUUACCGAGCAAACAAGAAAAGAAAGUAAAGAGUACAUAAGCGAUAAUCGAGCUAGCUCAUCAGAAUUACAAGAUUCAGUUGUUAGCAAAAAAAAAAGUGAAGAAAAUAAAAAAGAUAUGAAACCAAGUCGACGGUUCAAUAAAGGUUCUGUUGAGUAUGAAAUUAAUGAGCAAAAGACUAAUAAAGUGCGCCGACGAAAAACAAGUAUUUCACGUAGACAAGAGGAAGUAUAUACUGAUAAAGAUCGUGCUGCCGCAGUCAAUAUGGGUACUCGUGAUAUUAUUCAAUCAUUAAAAAUAAAGCGCCGACAAGAUCGAAGCAAGAUGAUGCAAAUACCAGAAGAAGCUGAACCAAGUGCUAUGCUAGCGCUUGGUACACGUGAAAUGCGGUCGGGGAAUCUCAGCAUUGCCAUUAGCUGUAUCAAUAAGGCACUCGAAUUAAGUCCAAGCGAUAAAAACGCAUUAUUAGCUCGGAGUAAAUGUUACUUAUUGCUUGGAGAACCACAAAAGGCACUUCAUGAUGCGGAAGCAGCUCUCAAUGAAAAAAUGAACGAUUCCAAUAAUGCCCGAGCAAUUUUUUAUAAAGCUGAAUCAUUAUAUCACCUUGGAGACUUUGAGCUGAGUCUUGUUUUUUAUUAUCGAGGCAUGAGAAUUAGACCUGAGUUUGAUCAGUUUCGAUUAGGUGUACAAAAGGCUAAAGAAGCUAUUCAAAACAUUCUGGAUCAUUGUGCACCAAUCAAAAUCGAUUCUCAAAUGGAAAGAAGAGGAUUUAAAAAACCCAAAUUUCACAAUCUAUUCACUAAAACAUCAGAAAUGGACGAAAAAAUUAAACAAGCAAACGGAGAAAAAACAAUUCAGCAUCAAAAUAAUUCUUCAACAGAGCUUUUUGAAAAAUGCAAAAAUUCUUCGGCCAUUAAACGUGAAAGUAGUAAUCUCCUCGGCCAAUUAAAUGUUGAUAAAAAGUAUCUACAAGAAUUAAUAAAACGACCAGGUAUAAUUACCCGCGUACAAAUUUUUCGGACUUUUCUCUGA